AUGUGCUUGUUAUUACUCUGUCUAUUUUCUCUGCACAUUCAAGCUCCAUCAGAAAGCUCGAAUUUUAUAAUCCCAGAAUCUGUUCUUUACCCCAAUACAAACAACAGAUCAUGGCCUUCACCAUCCCGCCUUUUUGAAUUUGGUUUCUAUCAAGAAGGCAAUGGAUUUUCAGUUGGUAUUUGGCUGAACAGUCAACCCAAUAUCACAGUUGUCUGGACAGCUGAUCGGGAUGACCCGCCGGUCUCCUUGAAUUCUGGUAUUCAAUUCACCAAGGAUGGCCAACUGCUUCUUCAAACUGGCCCAGGCGAAAAGAAACUUGUGGCUGAAUUGAAUUCUCCAGCUGUUUCAGCUUCUAUGCUAGAUUCUGUUAACUUUAUAAUCCGCGGCAACGAAUCCAAUGCUAUCUGGGAAAGCUUCCGCCAACCGACUGACACCAUAUUAGGGGGCCAAAGCAUGGACUACUCCUCCCAACUGAUGUCAAGUAAAUCAACAUUUGAUCACUCCGCAGGACAGUUUCGCCUCAGAAUAACCAAUGGAGAACUUGUUACCUAUCCUGUAAACCAUACCCAUGGAGCUACGGAAUUUUAUUGGAAAAUUACAGGACUUGACUACGUGUCAGAAUUAUUUCUUAGUACUGGUGGUGUUUUAAAGUUACGCAAUGGUAAAAAAGCUCUGAAAAUAUUAGCCAACAGCUCUUGUUCCGACGAUAACAAAACUGUAAUUUACCGUGCAACACUUGAUACUGAUGGGAUCUUAAGGCUAUACUCACAUCACUUUGGCACUAGUGGAAAAUCUAAUGUGAAGGUGGAGUGGCUUGCGUUAAAGAAUCAAUGUGAGUUGAAAGGCUCCUGCGGUUUUAAUAGCUACUGUUAUAGCAACAGUAGUGAAGCAGACUGUAAAUGUUUCCCAGGGUUUGACUUCAUCAACCCGAGGAAGAGAUUCCUGGGCUGCUACAAAAAUUUCACCGAUGAAGAAGGCUGUAGAAGGAAGAAGCCAGAACCUUUUUACAAUAUUGCUGAUAUGGAGAAUACAAAGUUGGGAGGUUUGCCUUAUGCCAAGUUAUCGAUGAACAAGGAAGAUUGCAACAAGUCUUGCUUGUACGAUUGUCACUGUGGAGCCGCAUUAUAUGUUAAUGGAACUUGCAGUACAUUCAAACUUCCACUGAUGUACGGGAUAAAGAAUCAGUCUGAUUCAGCUACUCUCUUUGUCAAGUGGAGUUCAGGCAACACUGGCCCCAACAUCCCACAUGAUCAAAUUAUCUCACCGGACGCUCUUCAUGAUAGAGUUGAGACUGAAAGCAAAAAAAAACUUAUUUCAGUUCUUGCUGCAAGUUUGAGUUCCAUCACAUUCUUGUGUUUCAUCAUAGCAAUUUCCAGUUUCUUUAUGUACAAGCUCCGAGUUAAGAGAUAUAGAAAGCUUCGGGGAAAUUCGAAUUUAGAUUCAACCCAAGAGUUCUCAUUACAAUCGUUUUCUUAUAAUGAACUAGAUAAGGCCACAGAUGGGUUUAAGGACGAGUUGAUAAGAGACUGGUUUGGAGCAGUCUACAGAGGGUAUAUGUUUAAUGGAAAGAAGAAGAUUUCAGUAAAGCGGUUGGAAAAUCCUAUGGAAGAAGGAGAAAAGAAGUUUCGGGAAGAGAUGGCUAUAGUUCGCCUAACGCAUCACAGAAACUUGGUUCGUUUGCUUGGAUUUUGUCUGGAUGGCUCCAGGAAGGCUCUUGUUUACGAAGAUAUGGGGAAGGGUUCUCUUGCAGAUUUCAUAUUUAAUGAAGACAAACGCCCUCACUGGACACAAAGAGUGAAAAUCGCUUUAGAUGUGGCGAGAGGAAUCCAUUAUCUCCAUGAAGAGUGUGAGUUCCCAAUAAUUCACCGUGACAUUAAUUCCAAAACUAUUCUCGUGGAUGACUCUUGGACUGCUAAGAUCUCUAAUUUCAGCUUAGCUAGACGUUUAAUACCGAAUCAAGGGGAAAUGCUUGCUGGGUUCAAAGGCACCCGAGGCUACACGGCACCUGAAUGGCAAUCGAAUGGGCCAAUAACAGUGAAAUCAGAUGUUUAUAGCUUCGGAGUCGUGCUGUUGGAGAUUAUAUGUUGUAGAAGCAAUAUUAAAGUGAAUGUUUCUACACCAGAUGAAGUUCUUCUUUCUACUUGGGUCUAUAACUGCUUUGUUUCCAGAGAGUUAAAGAAGCUUGUAGCGGAGGAAGAAGUUGACAUGAAAAUGCUGGAAAGGAUGGUGAAGGUUGGAUUGUUGUGUACUAAAGAUGACCUAAAUCUGCGUCCUUCUAUGAAAAAUGUGAUAUUGAUGUUAGAAGGAACUAUGGACAUUCCAGUCCAUCCCUGUCCAACUCUUCUUAUUUGA